AUGGAAGGGGGCCCAGCCGUUUGCUGCCAGGACCCUAGGUCAGAGCUGGUGGAGCGGGUGGCAGCUAUCGAUGUGGCCCACUUGGAGGAGGUGAAGGGUGUCCCUGAGCCUGCCAGGAAUGGUGUGGACCCUCCGCCACGGGCCAGGGCUGCCUCUGUGAUUCCGGGCGCAGCUCUGAGACCCCCUCCAGCCCGGCCCACCCUCUCAGCUCGGAAGUUCUCCCUGCAGGAGCGGCCAGCAGGGAGCUGCCUCGAGGCCCAGGCUGGGCCUUAUGCCACAGGGCCCUCCAGCCACAUCUCCCCGAGGGCCUGGCGGAGGCCUACCAUCGAGUCCCACCACGUGGCCAUCUCAGAUGCAGAGGAUUGUGUGCAACUGAACCAGUACAAGCUGCAGAGUGAGAUUGGCAAGGGUGCCUAUGGCGUGGUGAGGCUGGCUUACAACGAGAGUGAAGACAGACACUAUGCAAUGAAAGUUCUUUCCAAAAAGAAGUUACUGAAGCAAUAUGGCUUUCCACGUCGCCCUCCCCCAAGAGGGUCACAGGCUUCACUGGGGGGACCCGCCAAGCAGCUGCUGCCCCUGGAGAGGGUGUACCAGGAGAUUGCCAUUCUGAAGAAGCUGGACCAUAUGAAUGUGGUCAAAUUGAUCGAGGUCCUGGAUGACCCAGCUGAGGACAAUCUCUAUUUGGUGUUUGACCUUCUGAGAAAGGGGCCGGUCAUGGAAGUGCCCUGCGACAAGCCCUUCCCCGAGGACCAAGCUCGUCUCUACCUGCGGGACAUCAUCUUGGGCCUUGAGUACUUGCACUGCCAGAAGAUCAUCCACCGGGACAUCAAGCCGUCCAACCUGCUCCUGGGGGACAAUGGGCAUGUGAAGAUCGCCGACUUUGGUGUCAGCAACCAGUUUGAGGGGAAUGAUGCUCAGCUGUCCAGCACGGCCGGCACCCCAGCGUUCAUGGCCCCCGAGGCCAUUUCUGAUUCUGGCCAGAGCUUCAGUGGAAAGGCCUUGGAUGUAUGGGCCACUGGGAUCACGCUGUACUGCUUUGUCUAUGGGAAGUGCCCAUUUAUCGAUGACUACAUUCUGGCCCUGCACAGGAAGAUCAAGAAUGCAGCUGUGGUGUUUCCUGAGGAGCCAAAGGUCAGUGAAGAGCUCAAGGACCUAAUCUUGAAGAUGCUAGACAAGAAUCCCGAAACAAGGAUUGGGGUGUCAGACAUCAAGUUGCACCCCUGGGUGACCAAGAAUGGGGAGGAACCCCUUCCCUCAGAGGAAGAACACUGCAGCGUGGUGGAGGUGACUGAGGAGGAGGUGAAAAACUCAGUCAAGCUUAUUCCCAGCUGGACCACAGUGAUCCUGGUUAAGUCCAUGCUAAGAAAGCGUUCCUUUGGGAACCCGUUUGAGCCCCAAGCGCGGAGGGAAGAGCGGUCCAUGUCUGCUCCAGGAAACUUAGUGACGAAAGAAGGGUAUGGCGAAGGGGGGAAGAACCCGGAACUCCCUGGCGUCCAAGAAGACGAGGCUGCAUCCUGA